CGUCAGACUUCGUUGAGAAACUAACAUGUUAAGAUUACUUUGGGUCUUGAUGAUGCUGAGCACUUUUGCUCUAGCAAAAGACGCAAUGGAGGAAAUGAUAGACGCAUCCAUUGACGGUCGUUUCACCGGUGGCGCCGAUGCCACUGCGGUCAAGCCUUAUGUGGCCACGAUCGUGCCCCUGGGCUUGUAUCAAGAGGCCAGCGUGUUUUGUGGUGGAGCCAUGAUCAACGCCACUUUGAUUCUUACAACGGCCUCUUGCAUGUUUGGCGGAAACGCUGCAAUCGUUACUGCUGGAGCCUUGUCUGCAAAUUUGACAGCAGAGCUUGAGGCCCAAGUAACCUACAUGCAGGAGAUCUGGUAUCAUCCGUUGUGGGCCAGAAACACUCAUAUUUAUGAUAUGGCAAUCAUUCGUGUCUACCCACCUUUCAACAUGACCAAUUAUGUCUACCCGAUCAAACUGGCGAAGAGUUCUUUGAUCAAGGGCGAUGCUCUAGUUAAAGCAACAUCGCUGAUGUGGUACAGUUUUGGAAACUACAACGACUCGCACUCGCCUGAUAUGAUGAAGGAAACUGCCGUGAAACAAUUACCAACAAAGACCUGCGCUACUUAUUACAUUAAGCCCCCAUUCUGGUACAAAUUGCAGCCGACAUCUUUCUGCGUCGUGCCUUCGGCCACUGUUGGAAUCUGCCCUGGUGAUCCUGGCAGCCCCCUCAUUGUUCAGGAUCCCAAGAGCAAGCAGUUCUAUCUGGCUGGCCUUGCCGCCAUGGAUACAGAUCAACUUUGUCCACUCAAUGCCACCCUGACGAAUCUCCACACACCUGAUUUGUUCACCAGAAUCGAUCCGUUCUACAAGUGGAUCCUUGCAAUGGGUGGCCCGAAAGCAUCGUAAUUCAAAUGCAUUAAUUUGAAAGCAGAUUUUUGCUCCUU